AUGGCUCCUCCACCAAUCAAACACAAAGCGCUACUGAAUGUCGAUUUAGGGGAGGCGUAUGGAAACUAUGUGUGCGGCCCGGAUCUGGAGCUUCUGCCCUUGAUCGACCAUGCCAACGUUGCAUGUGGUUUCCACGCUGGCGACCCAUUGAUCAUGCAGGAGACCGUGCGAAACUGUCGGGAACAUAACAUCAAAGUGGGCGCUCAUCCGGGACUUCCGGAUAUUCAAGGCUAG